CCGUCCUCAUCUCUCCUGAAUAACCAGCCGUCAGAGACUCCUCAGCUGAUGAGGCCAAGCUAAAGGCUCCCUGCUCCAAACGAACUACCAAAGCUCAUCCACUCCUAGACUUCCUCCAGUCUUUCCUUCCUCCGUCUACCACCUCGCUCUCCAGACUCCUCCUGCCACCAUGCCUCCUCAGCUUCCAUCCCAGAACCAGAACGGCCCCAGGAUCCUGCAGGGCGACCCCAGCACCCUCAGCCCGGCCCUCAAGGAGUUUGUGGACGCCAACGUGAGCCUGUGCCAGCCGGACUUCCUCCACAUCUGCGACGGCUCCGAAGAGGAGAACAACGCCAUCCUGACCCAGCUGCAGGAGCAGGGGAUGAUCAAGAAGCUCAACAAAUAUGAGAACUGCUGGUUGGCCCGGACCGACCCGAGAGAUGUGGCUCGUGUGGAGAGUAAGACUGUGAUCGUGACCCCGGACCAGAGGGACACGGUGCCCACGCCGCUGGAGGGCGGAGUCAGCCAACUGGGCCGCUGGAUGUCCCCGGAAGAGUUCGACAAAGCGAUGGCUCAGCGGUUCCCCGGCUGCAUGAAAGGUCGCACCAUGUACGUGAUUCCCUUCAGCAUGGGUCCGGUUGGUUCUCCGCUCUCUAAGAUCGGAGUGGAGCUGACGGACUCCCCCUACGUUGUGGCCAGUAUGAGGGUGAUGACCCGUAUGGGGAAGGCCGUGCUGUCCGCUCUGGGGACGGGCGAGUUCGUCCGCUGUCUGCACUCCGUCGGCUGUCCUCUGCCCAUUAAAAAGCCCUUGGUGAACAACUGGCCGUGUAACCCCGAGCAGACGUUAAUCGCCCACAUCCCCAAUCGCAGGCAGAUCGUCUCGUUCGGUAGCGGUUACGGAGGAAACUCCCUGCUGGGGAAAAAGUGCUUUGCUCUGCGCAUCGCCUCGCGUAUCGCCAAGGAGGAAGGCUGGCUGGCUGAGCACAUGCUGAUCUUGGGCGUCACCAACCCUGCUGGAGAGAAGAAGUACAUGGCGGCGGCCUUCCCCAGCGCUUGCGGAAAGACAAACCUGGCCAUGCUCUGCCCAACGCUGCCCGGCUGGAAGGUCGAGUGUGUGGGAGACGACAUCGCCUGGAUGAAGUUUGACGACCAAGGCAAUCUGCGUGCAAUCAACCCUGAGAAUGGCUUUUUCGGAGUCGCGCCUGGCACCUCCGCCAAGACCAACCCCAACGCCAUGGAGACCAUCAUCAAGAACACCGUCUUCACCAAUGUUGCAGAGACCAGCGACGGCGGUGUGUACUGGGAGGGCAUGGACCAGUGUCUGCCCGAGGGAGUCACCAUCACUUCCUGGAAGAACAAGCCCUGGAGCUCAGAGGAUGGUGAACCUUGCGCUCACCCCAACUCUCGUUUCUGCACUCCGGCUGGGCAAUGUCCCAUCAUCGAUCCACUGUGGGAAUCCCCGGAGGGAGUCCCCAUUGAGGCCAUCAUCUUUGGAGGGCGCAGGCCAGAAGGCGUCCCUCUGGUGUACGAGGCUUUCAACUGGCAGCACGGCGUGUUUGUUGGAGCAGCCAUGAGGUCAGAGGCCACCGCUGCAGCUGAACACAAAGGCAAGAUGAUCAUGAACGACCCCUUCGCCAUGCGCCCCUUCUUCGGCUACAACUUCGGCCAGUACCUCUCUCACUGGCUGAGCAUGGCCGACCGCCCCGGCGCCAAGCUCCCCAAGAUCUUUCACGUCAACUGGUUCCGCAAGAGCCCCACCGCCGGAUUCCUCUGGCCCGGCUUCGGCGACAACAUCCGCGUUCUGGACUGGAUGUUCCGGCGGGUGAACGGCGAGGACUGCGCCAUGCCGUCUGCCGUGGGUUACCUGCCCGGCAAGGACUCACUGAACCUCCAGGGCCUCCAGGAUGUGGACCUGAACGAGCUGUUCUCCUUGGAUCAGGAGUUCUGGCAGAGGGAGGUGGAGGAGGUGAGGAAGUACUUCACCACGCAGGUGAACGACGAUCUGCCCAUCGAGGUGGCCCAGGAGCUGGAGCUCCUGCAGCAGAGAGUGAAGCAGAUGUAAAGAGAGCUGGAAAAAACAAAGCAUGUUGGCAAAUCUGAAGGAGCUUUGAUUCUAGAACGACAUAUCAGAAUUUGAGUAAUUCUAGAAUAUUGUCAUCGUUAUGCAGAUAAUUCCUUCCUUUGAGGUUGAGCCUUAAAACUGAAAUGAAUAAGGACAAAUUCUCCUCUGAUAAUUCUUUCAACUGCUACACAUUCUUUAACUCUACGUUUUUUCUCACUGGCUAGAAAUCCUCCUAUUUUUGUCAGAUUAUUAAUCUGAAAACGAUUCUGUUAAAAUUGGGCUGGAGAUGUUGAGAUGAUAUUUGUGAACAUGUAGAAAUUGUAGACUUAACAAACAUUCCUCGCUGUGCUCGUCGUUAAUAUGAAUAUGAGCCACGUGGUACCAAAUCAAGACUGCUGAUCUGAAUGGGAAAUGUUUCCUUUCCAUCCAUUCACAUGAUGUUGUAUCAGCGUUAUGUUUUAAACCGUUGUUCCAAUGUAUUGUCUUACUGAAUGUCUGAAUUCUACUAUUUAAUAGUAACUUAUUAUGAGCGCACAUCACUGAGUAAAUGAGUCCAUGUUAGUUCCUGUGUUGUUUGAGCCCCCUGAACAUGGGGGAAAUGUUUCUGUUCCUGUCUUUAUUUUUUGUCUUAAUUUAUUUUUAUACACUGCCCGUACCUCUUGGUUCUGUUUU